GGGUGAUGAGGCCCCGCGACUGGCUGACGCCAGGCCGAAUCACGCCGCCGCGAGGAGCUCCUGCGAGUGGAGGAGACGAUAAGCCCGCCGCAUCAACACUGGCACAAGGGGUGUAUCUACAUGCAUUCGCCGCACGACGCUGCCCCCAAGAGGCCAAGGCGAACACAGCAGAAACAGCAGAAAAUCUGAGGACUAUCUCCCCCAGUGAUUCUCUCCUGAAGGAUCUCCCCCUCCCCCUGCCGCUCCACCCGGAGAAGGCGGGCGCGAGGGUCGCCCCGUCCAUCAUGAACGUCACUUCACUCUUCUCCUUCACCAGCCCGGCCGUCAAGCGUCUGCUGGGCUGGAAGCAAGGCGACGAGGAGGAGAAGUGGGCCGAGAAGGCGGUGGACGCCCUGGUGAAGAAGCUGAAGAAGAAGAAGGGCGCCAUGGAGGAGCUGGAGCGGGCGCUCAGUUGCCCCGGUCAGCCCAGCAGCUGCGUCACCAUCCCCCGCUCCCUGGACGGCCGUCUGCAGGUGUCCCACAGGAAAGGGCUACCUCACGUCAUCUACUGCCGCGUGUGGCGCUGGCCCGACUUGCAGUCCCACCACGAGCUCAAGGCGCUGGAGUGCUGCGAGUAUCCCUUCGGCUCCAAGCAGAAGGACGUCUGCAUCAACCCGUACCACUACAAACGGGUGGACAGCCCAGUGCUGCCCCCUGUGUUGGUACCACGCAACAGCGAGUUCAACGCCAAGCACACGAUGCUGCCUCGCUUCCGCAACCCACUGCAGCAGAACGAGCCACACAUGCCCCAGAACGCCACCUUCCCCGAGUCCUUCGCUCAGGCCAACCCCGUGCCCUUCCCCCACUCGCCCGGAAACAGCAGCAACGCCACUUUCCCGCAUUCGCCGUCCAGCUCCGACCCCGGCAGCCCCUUCCAGAUGCCAGAGACGCCCCCUCCUGCCUACAUGCCCCCGGAGGAGCAGAUGACUCAAGACUGCCCCCUGCCGAUGGACACCAACCUCAUGGUGCCACCUUUGCCGAUCGAGGCUAACAACCGGGGAGUGGAUGUGCAGCCCGUGGCCUACGAGGAGCCCAAGCACUGGUGCUCCAUCGUUUACUACGAGCUCAACAACCGCGUCGGCGAGGCCUUCCAGGCCUCGUCCACCAGCGUGCUGGUCGACGGCUUCACCGAUCCCUCCAACAACCGCAACCGCUUUUGCCUGGGUCUGCUCUCCAACGUCAACCGCAACUCCACCAUCGAGAACACCCGGCGGCACAUCGGCAAAGGCGUCCACUUGUAUUACGUCGGCGGCGAGGUCUACGCCGAGUGCCUGAGCGACAGCAGCAUCUUCGUCCAGAGCCGCAACUGCAACUUCCACCACGGCUUCCAUCCCACCACCGUCUGCAAGAUCCCCAGCGGCUGCAGCCUGAAGAUCUUCAACAACCAGGAGUUCGCCGAGCUGCUGGCCCAGUCGGUCAACCACGGCUUCGAGGCUGUCUACGAGCUCACCAAGAUGUGCACCAUCCGCAUGAGCUUCGUCAAGGGCUGGGGUGCCGAGUACCACCGCCAGGAUGUGACCAGCACCCCCUGCUGGAUCGAGAUCCACCUCCACGGUCCCCUGCAGUGGUUGGACAAGGUGCUAACGCAGAUGGGCUCCCCCCACAACCCCAUAUCGUCCGUGUCCUAGACCUUCCUCGGGGUCAGCCCGGCCGUUUUCGCCCAGGUGGCAAGACGAGCAGAUCCCAGACCAGUCGACACCCCAUUGCCUCGCUUCGAUAAAGUGUCUGAUUGAAGCACAAGCGGCUGCUCUGGGAUCUGCCGAGGAGGCCGGUUGUCUCCCUGGGUUUUCUACUUGAAGGACUUGUGGGCACAUAACCCAAACUGGGAGAGGAGCGAGCAGAGAGCAUCAUGCAACUGGAAGAAACUUGAUCUUUGUGACCAACACUAAUAAUCCAAGCGUCACACUCUUUCUUGGUGAGCGCAGGCGUCCUCCCCAAACUCGUCUCCUUUUUUCGUCGUUGCUUGCAUGCCCCCCCCCCCCGUACACGUAUUCCCUCCUUUUCAAAGCGGUUAACGCCAAGCUUGGCUUUGCCGUUGUCAAGUUGUGACAGUGUGGUAUGACGCCCCGACGAAAUGCUGGAUUCCCUUCACAGCUGCCGUUUGUUCCUGUUAAAGACAAGUUGCGCAACGUGGCCAAAGGCUCCACGUGCACUAUAUUGUACUGUAUGAUUUUUAUUAACAGCUAAGGACAAACAUGAAAACGGAUGCGGGCGAGAAUGAAGACUGCAAGUUUCGCUGUUUCAUCCACAGGUACAUUUGAAUGCAUAAGAAUAGUUAAGUGUUGUAAAACAAGUGCUAGUAGAGUGCGUAAACAGAUUCUGACGCUGGCUCAAGACAAUGCUAAAUACCGAAAAUGCCGUCCAUACUGCUUCUUUCAAACAAAAUCCUCUUUUACACAGAGGUCCCGUCCAAGCCUGGCAUUCACCCUACUUUGCCUUUCACACAGAACCCAGCCAAGCAGGUUAUGGCUGACACACACCAACUGGACAAAUACAACAUUUUGGACAGCUACAAUUGCUCUCUUCACAAAAAGGCCAGCUCAGGGUUUACUGCUCCUAAACUGAACCGUCCUGCAUGGUGGAACUGCGUUUCCACGCACGCGUUGUUACUAGUGUUUUAUUUUUGUGCGACAUUCCAGGUCACUGGAAUUGCAGUCGGAUGCUACAAUGCAAAGACAUUGAUGUAGAAUUUCCUUCUGUCCUGUAAGGAGACUCAAAGGAUGACCAGUGUGAAAUUUCAAGCAUUUCCUCAAGAGAAUAUUAGGGACAUUUAGGGGCUGGGGGCAUUGCACGAAAAAGGCAUUUCCGCUAUUAAAUAAAUGUUGCUCAUGUUUUAUUCUUGUGGUUUCCCCCAUGGACUUAGGUUUAAAUAGUGUUUCUAGAUAUCUUCAUCUUUAGACAAUGGUGCUGUGUUGUCUGGUUUGGCCAUGCGUAAUUUGGUUAGUGUAUUACUAGACGGCGCAUUGACGUGGCCAAGGAUGGACUGUAUUCAACAAAACUAAAGACACAUCAUGGAUGGAUGUUUUCAAGGACUGUUAACAUGAAAAUAUUCUAAUUGAAAUCAUUUCACAAAAGGCCCACCCAUAUCAUUUUUUUUUUUAAAAUAAAAUAUGCUGUUCUUACUUUCUUUGAUAGGUGUUAUACUCCAUACAUUCUUGUUGGUUUUUUCCGCACUUUUCACGUGUUUCCUCUUCCUUUCAUGUUGCUGUUUUUCCACUUUUUUGGCCUGGUCAAACUCCCAGAAAAGCAGUUUUAUUCCAUGAAUAUCAAGACUCUACUGGAGUAUUAAAAUAAGUGUGUUUCAGUA